AUGAAAUUCUCUUCUCCUGCUGAACUUAAGUCUUCUCUCAGUAACUAUGUAGUAGCACAUGUAUAUGACUUGUAUUAUGAGAAGAAUGGCAAGGAUAGGUUGCUUGUAAAGUGUUGUAAAGGAAAAACACCACAAUGCCCUUUUAGAUCGUGGGCUUUUUGGAUGAAAGACGAGCAAAAAUUUCAAAUAAAGUUUAUUAAAGACCAUAGUUGCUUAAGGGCAAUCAAACUUGGGUCAAUUGUUACCUACAAGUGGAUAGGGAAACAGUAUGUCACCGAUAUAUUGGAGUCCCCUACAAUGAGUUUGAGGAAGAUGAAAGCCAUGUGUAGGAAUGCAAAAAGAUUUGCAUUGUGUGAAAUUGAGGGUGAUUUGAAGGAUCAUUAUUCCAAGCUGUGGGAGUAUGGAGCUGAAAUUAAAAGGGCUAACCAAGGAUCUCAUGUUGAAGUGUAUGUGAAGCCCAAAAGUAAUUCUAUUGUGGUGUUUGAAAGGUUUUAUGUGAGUUUUAAAGGAGUGGUUGAUGGAUGGUUAGAUGGGUGUAGGAAGAGUACAUGGAAAUGGUUCUUGGACAAUCUAAUGGAAGACAUAGAUGAAGGGGGAAAUGGUAAUGGAAUCACAUUAAUGUUAGAUGGACACAAGGGUAUAAUGGAGGUUGUGAAAGAAAGAUGUCCAAAAAUGGAGCAUAUGUUGUGUGCUAGGCACAUCCUUGCUAACUUCCAUAAAAAGUUUAAGGGUGGGUGCUACAUAAAACCUUUUUGGAGGGCUGUAAAGGGGCAUAUGAUUAUCUCAUUAAAAGGGAGCCUAACUGUUGGUCAAAGGUUUUUUAAGGUGGGAAUGGGAUGUGAUGCAAUGGAAAAUGGUGUUUCUGAGAGCUUCAAUGAUUCUAUUGAAGAAGCUAGAAAAAAGCCACUGAUCACUAUGUUAGAGGACAUAAGGGUGUUUGUGAUGGAGAGAUUGUGCAUGCAGAAAGGGAAAGGAUUGGGCUGA